AGGAGACAGUGGGGCUGUUAAAAGGAUAAAACAUCGACGAAACAUCAAGCUAGCGCAGCACAACGUGUCACACAUGAACAUUAGCUCGCUACAGUGGAGAAAUAGAGAAAAGCUGUAGCCGCGUACACGCAGCCCAAACAUACUAAGCAGUAUAUCAACACAUACAACACGUCCAACGGUCUUUCUGUCCAACUUCUUCUCUCCACUCCGGCUGAUGUGGACUGAUUCAGAACUGGGCCAUCAUGAUGCCGGUGAACUUUCUGGUCACUCAUUGGCUGACCAACUUAAUACCAGUAGCAUCAUGUCAGUGAACCCUCCGAGCAGCAAUGACGCCUGCCUCAGUAUCGUCCACAGCCUCAUGUGCCACCGGCAGGGCGGAGAGAACGAGGGCUUCGCCAAGCGGGCCAUCGAGAGCCUGGUGAAGAAGCUGAAGGAGAAGAAGGACGAGUUGGACUCGCUGAUUACGGCCAUCACCACUAAUGGAGUCCAUCCCAGCAAGUGUGUCACCAUCCAGAGGACGCUGGAUGGACGGCUGCAGGUGGCAGGAAGGAAAGGUUUUCCUCAUGUCAUUUAUGCACGACUGUGGCGCUGGCCUGACCUCCACAAGAAUGAACUCAAGCAUGUCAAGUUCUGCCAGUACGCCUUUGACCUGAAGUAUGACAAUGUGUGUGUCAACCCCUACCAUUAUGAGAGGGUGGUGUCACCAGGCAUCGUUGGUCUCAGCCUUCAAAAUACAGCAGCACCGAGUGGCCUGAUCAAAGAAGAAUACAUCCAUGACUGUAUACAGAUGGACCUCCCACCUGGCAUGCCUCUGUCUGAGCACCAAGCUGCCCUCAAGCUUCCUCCUCCAGAACACUACGGCCAGCCCCUGCCUCCCCAACAGCUGUCCUCUGAGCCCCAUGGACCCCAACCCGUUACCAGAUACACCAACCUGCCCGUCUCACCCAAAGUGUCUGGCUCCAGCUCCAUGCUUCCACUGCAGGGCGCUCAUGGUGACGGUCGGCUCCAGACGGCAUCUCCGCAGGCUCAAGUCAUGACCCCGGCACCACGACCUCCGACCCCAAACCAACCCUCUCCUCAGCAACAGGCUGCCCAGCAACCCUCACAACCCCACUCACAACAACCCUCCCUACCUCCUUCCCACUCACAUGGACAGAAUGGAUACAGCAGCAAUAAACCCCCUCAGAGCCAGGCUGCCUUCCACACAGUUUGGACAGGCAGCAGCACAGCCUCUUAUACUCCCAUAGGACCCCAGCAGAACGGGCGGGGUCACCAACAAGCUGCCCUCCAUCAUCCAAACCACCACUGGUCUCAGCAUCACAGCUCAACCCCUUUCCCUCCUUCUGUGUCCAACCACCCAGGACCAGAGUUUUGGUGCUCCAUCUCCUACUUUGAAAUGGACGUUCAGGUGGGUGAGAUGUUCAAGGUGCCCUCCAGCUGCCCUGUGGUCACCGUGGAUGGUUAUGUUGACCCGUCAGGAGGCGAUCGCUUCUGCCUCGGCCAGCUGAGCAACGUCCACCGCACAGAUGCAAGUGAGAGAGCCAGGUUGCACAUUGGUAAAGGCGUACAGCUGGAGUGUCGUGGUGAGGGCGAUGUGUGGAUGCGCUGUAUGAGUGACCACGCUGUGUUUGUACAGAGCUACUACCUGGACAGGGAGGCAGGUCGAGCACCAGGUGAUGCUGUGCACAAGAUCUACCCCGGAGCCUACAUCAAGGUGUUUGACCUACGCCAGUGCCACAGACAGAUGCAGCAGCAGGCAGCCACGGCUCAGGCUGCAGCUGCUGCACAGGCAGCUGCUGUAGCAGGAAAUAUUCCAGGCCCGGGCAGCGUCGGAGGCAUAGCACCUGCAGUCAGUCUGUCUGCAGCAGCGGGGAUCGGUGUGGACGACCUGAGGCGCCUGUGUAUCCUGCGGCUCAGCUUCGUGAAGGGCUGGGGACCCGACUACCCUCGGCAGAGCAUCAAACACACACCCUGCUGGGUGGAGGUCCACUUGCACCGCGCUCUGCAGCUUCUGGAUGAGGUGUUGCACACUAUGCCACUGGCAGACCCCGGGCCUGCAAACUGAGGAUCAGGACUUUGUUCAAAUUCCAAUCUGGAUUCUAUGAAUGUGCACACACAGACACAUGUUGCCAAAUAUGUUUUCAAACUGAUACACAUAGCAAAUCAACAUAAAUGACCAACGACAUAUUAUGCUUGUAACAAUCAAUGGUGUGUCACAGACACACACACACACACACACACACACACUACAACCAAAAUGUCUGCAGCCACACAGACAUAAAACUGCUGAAGAUUUUUCUAAUGCUUUACAAUCUGAAGUCAAACAUGAGGCAGUUGGAGCUCUGAAGCUAAACAUUGUGUCCUAAAGACAUUUGUAUGCACUGUGUGUUUCACAAAUCCACUUACCCUAUAUGCAAUCUGGAUUUGUGUUCUGCACAUUUAUUCAUGGAAUCCACACAGACGUGUAAAAGUUAUCCAGAAAGAGAACUGCAUACCUCUGUCAGUAAAUUCACACUGAAUACAAACAGCAUUACAGUACUCUUUACCUCGUAUUAUCAUCAGCAGAACUGAUGUAGAAGUAUGGAUUAAAGAAACCAUCUCUGUGCUUGUACGCUCUACUGUAUGUUGAUCUAAAAUCAAACUGUUAGCAUCGAUAGCUCGUUAGCUCCCUUAUUGCGCCCAGCUCAAGCUAUAUUAUUUUUGUACCAAAAGACUAAAAAGCCAAAAACAUUUAGCUUUAAAGUAGUGUUGUUGUUCUUUGUAAUGAAACAGUGCUACCCUGUAUGUAACCAAAUGGUUGGUGCAAAUCACCAAAGCCAAAAUACCUCAUAACUCCAGUGCAAAGUCACAGUUUAGUUUUGCGCUUUCUCACUGACAGGCUGAAGUCAGUCUCUGACAGGAUCCUGACUGCAACACUCCCUAAGCUUUGUAUUGUACCGUGCUGUGAUGUGCAGUAGCAGUACUAGAUGACUGACAUGUGUUGUACUCGACAGUUUGACAGCAGAAAGACGGUUAAAGUCACUUGAUCAAUGGGAAUCAACCACGAGCAGCUACAGAGAAACAAACCCGAGAGUGUUUGUGUUCUCUGGUCUGCCUUCUGGCAGCGUGUUCACUCCAGUGUGUGCCUCGCAGUUUAUCUGAACUCUGGAUCUGAGUCCUGUACUUCAAAUACAGCUCAACCAAUUCAGACUAUCAAUGCUGUGUGAUAUCAUUGUGAAAUAAAGGCCAAAUGAGUAGAGAGCUGAAACCAUGAGCAGCACUUAUAUGACAGGUUGAGUGCUCAUCAUGUGACUGCAGUUACAUGAGGAAGUCAGGUUGGGAUCCCACUGCAGUUCAAAACAAGACACGCCCCGCUGCGCGAGGAUUGGUCAGCGCCGUGCCUUACGCCCUGCGUCACGC